GGGAAGGGCUCCUGCUGAGCAGCAAGGGGCUGGAGAGGACUGGGGAAGCUGUGGCUUUGAGACCAGGCUAGGGCUCCAAGCUCCACUUCCCUGAUGAUGAAAACUAGACUUCAGGAUGGACUUCCUGGCUCCUCAGGAUGAUAGGACUAUGACUGGGGAGCAAGGGCUGCAUUUCUCCUUCCCAGGUUCCCCCAGCCCAUCAUCACCGGGCCUGAAAUAAGCCCUCACUGAACCAGUGCUGAGGGACGCUGGUCCCUAGAGGGAGGUUAAAUAAAAUGGGAAAAUCACCUGGUUUUCUAAGAGAUUAAAGCAUCAGCCCAUUUAGUUUAUCUCUUGGCUAAAAAGUGUUCGAGGCCUGCAGAGAUGUGCCAUGGAGUUCCAGAGGGAGCCUAGUUAAAAUAAAACAGAAGAAAAGGCUGGGAGGCAAGUAAGAACAGGAAACCUCAAGGGACUUCUUCUUAGCUGCUUAGAGUGGGUAUCUGCAGUCCUCACCCAUGCCUCCCUCAACUGUCCAGGACCUCUGGAAGGGCAGGAGGCAAACGAGAUAAAAAAUCAUCUUAAGGAAGACACGUGUGCAUGUGUGGCUUCAUCCGGUCGGUAAACAGUCACUAGUUGAGAGGAGGGAGGAACUGAGAAGUUCCUGCAGGCUGAAGGGAGGGGACUGUGCCACAGUUGGGAGGCUGAGGUCAGACCGCCACCCUCUAGCCUUAGUGGACAGGAAAGGAUAGCAUUCCUUCCCCCUGUCACCCUUAGGGUCAUAAAGGGGUGGGCCAGUCUUCCUCCACCCCUCCAUCCUCAUUGGGAUAUGUCCUUCUGAGGAGCCAUCCCUGCCAACCCCUGGCUUUCUGGAGCUUGGAGAGGCUGGGGCAUCGAGGGAGGAGCGAUGGAGAAGUGGGCGGGCAGGCCUCAGUUGUGUCUGAUGCUGCUUCUGUCCCUUCCUGAGCUCGGCCUGGAUCAGGAGGUGCGCCAGGGACCAGAGGUGUUGUCUGGACACUCUCUUCAGACACCCCCAGAGGAGGGUCAGGGCCCUGAGGGUGUCUGGGGUCCUUGGGAGCAGUGGGCCUCUUGCUCCCAGCCCUGUGGAGUUGGGGUGCAGCGCAGGAGCCGGACAUGUCAGCUCCCUACAGCUCGACUCCACCAGGGCCUGCCCUUCCCACCCCGGCCCCCAAGACAUCCAGAAGCCCUGCUCCCCCGGGGUCAGAGCCCCAGACCUCAGACUUCCCGAGAAACCCUCCCUCUGUACAGGCCACAGCCUCGGGGAAGAGGUGGCCCACAUCGAGGUCCUGCUUCCCAACUAGGGAGAGCAGAAACCCGGGAGAUAACAGGAGCUCGGAGGUCCCGGGUUCGAGACCCCAUCAAGCCAGGAAUGUUUGGUUACGGGAGAGUGCCCUUUGCUUUGCCACUGCAUCGUAACCGCAGGCACCCCAGGAGACUGCCCGGAAUUGAGACCUCCCAGACCUCAGAUCUUCCAUCCCUGACUCCAAGAACAGAGCCAUUCUCCACAAACCACACAGUUCAAACUCAGCUCCCUCCUACAGAACUUUCUGCCCGCCCCCCACACCCCCCAGCAGAACUCCCAAGCCCUGAAACUAAUCAGACAGAAGUGCCCUCUAGAACCAGGCCUGUCCCCACGCAGCCCCACCCCAGAGUCCAGGCCUCUGGCACAGAGCCUGCCUCGUCCAUCCCCUACCCAGGAGAAAGUAACUCCUUCCAUGUGUCCCCUCAGCCAAGAAUGCCAGAUUCUCAGGGUUUGGCCAGUCUCCAGGUGGCUGAGAGAUACCCUAAUCCUUUCCUUUCUGUCCUUCGGGGCAGAGGCCACCAGAGCCAGGAGCACUGGAAACCUGGGGGGAAUCUCCAUGGGUCCCUCAUGGAGCCUGCCCCCCACUAUCCAGAUGGCUGGUUGCCUCUGCUGAAUGAUGGCCCCCACUCCGGUUCGCUCUGGAGCCUCUUUGCUCCCAAUAGCCCUGUGCCAAGGUGUUCUGGGGAGAGUGAGCAGCUGAGAGCCUGCAGCCAAGCGCCCUGCCCCCCUGAGCAGCCAGACCCCCGGGCCCUGCAGUGUGCAGCCUUUGACUCCCAGGAGUUCAUGGGCCAGCUCUACCAGUGGGAGCCCUUUACCGAAGUUCAGGGCUCCCAACGCUGUGAACUGAACUGCCGUCCCCGUGGCUUCCGUUUCUAUGUCCGUCACACGGAAAAGGUCCAGGAUGGGACCCUGUGUCAGCCUGGAGCACUAGAUAUCUGCGUGGCGGGACGCUGUCUGAGCCCCGGCUGUGAUGGGAUCCUCGGCUCUGGCAGGCGUCCAGAUGGCUGUGGGGUCUGUGGAGGGGAUGAUUCCACCUGCCACCUCGUCUCAGGGAACCUCACAGACCGGGGGGGCCCUCUGGGCUAUCAGAAGAUCCUGUCAAUUCCUGUCGGAGCCACGCAGCUCCAGAUUGCCCAGCUCCGGCCCAGCUCCAACUAUCUCGCCCUUCGAGGCCCUGGGGGCCAGUCCAUCAUCAAUGGAAAUUGGGCCGUGGAUCCCCCUGGGUCCUACACAGCCAGUGGAACUGUCUUCCUGUACAACCGGCCUUCCCGGGAGGAGGGCAAGGGGGAGAGUCUGUCAGCCAAAGGCCCCACGACCCAGCCUGUGGAUGUCUAUGUGAUCUUUCAGGAGGAGAACCCAGGCAUUUUUUAUCAGUAUAUUAUCUCUUCAGUUCUUCCAGACCUUGGGAGCACCACCCCAGAGCCCCACUUCCCCCAACUCCAACCAGAGAUUUUGAGGGUGGAGCCCCCACCUGCUUCGAUGCCCCGCCCUGCCCGGACCCCAGGCACCCUCCAGCGUCAGGUGCGGAUCCCCCAGAUGCAUGCUCCACCCCAUCCCAGGACACCCCUGGGGUCUCCAGCUGGAUACUGGAAGCGAGUGGGACACUCGGAGUGCUCAGCAUCCUGCGGAAAAGGUGUUUGGCGCCCCGUCUUCCUCUGUGUUUCUCGUGAGUCAGGGGAGGAGCUGGAUGAACACAGCUGUGCCAUGGGCGUCAGGCCCCCAGCCCCCCUGGAGCCCUGCCAUGGUCCUCCAUGCCCCCCAUACUGGGAGGCGGGCGAGUGGACGUCCUGCAGCCGCUCCUGUGGCUCCGGCACCCAGCACCGCCAGCUGCGCUGCCGCCAGGAGUUCGGGGACGGCGGCUCCUCGGUGCCUCCCGAGCGCUGUGGACACCUCCCUCGGCCCAAUGCCACCCAGCCCUGUCAGCUGCGCCUCUGUGGCCACUGGGAGGUUCGCUCCCCCUGGAGCCAGUGCUCAGUGCGGUGCGGGCGGGGCCAGAGGAGCCGGCAGGUCCGCUGUGUGGGGAGCAACGGUGAUGAAGUGAGCGAGAGGGAGUGUGCGUCGGGCCCCCCGCGGCCCCCCAGCAGAGAGGCCUGUGACAUGGGGCCCUGUACCACAGCCUGGUUCCACAGCGACUGGAGCUCCAAGUGCUCAGCGGAGUGUGGGACAGGAAUCCAACGACGAUCUGUGGUCUGCCUUGGGAGUGGGGAGUCCCGUGGGGCGGGCCAGGAGGAAGCAGGAGCUGGGACCACUGAGCAGAGCUGUGCACUGGGAAGCCGUCCUCCGGACAUGCGUGCCUGCAGCUUGGGACCCUGUGAGAUGACGUGGUGCUGGUACACGGGGCCCUGGGCCGAGUGCUCCUCAGAAUGUGGCUCUGGCACACAGCGUAGAGACAUCAUCUGUGUAUCCAAACUGGGUACAGAGUUCAACGUGACUUCUCCCAGCAACUGCUCCCACCUGCCUAGGCCCCCUGCCCUGCAGCCCUGUCAGGGGCAGGACUGCCAGGACCGAUGGUUUUCUACGCCCUGGAGUCCGUGCUCUCGCUCCUGCCAGGGGGGUAUUCAGACGAGGGAGGUCCAGUGUCUGACCGCCAACCAGACCCUCAGCAUCCGAUGCCCUCCUCACCUGCGGCCCUCCAGGAAACGACCCUGUAACAGCCAGCCCUGCAGCCAGCGCCCCGAUGAUCAAUGCAAGGACAGCUCUCCACAUUGCCCCCUGGUGGUACAGGCCCGUCUCUGCGUCUAUCCCUACUACACAGCCACCUGUUGCCGCUCUUGUGCCCAUGUCCUGGAGCGUUCUCCCCCAGAGCCUGCCUGAAAUGGGUACAGGAGACCCUCUCCUCAUGGUUUCCUCAUGCCACCAUCAGUCACCCACCCAUCAGCCCACUCUGUACUCUCUGGCUCUCCGGCCUGCCCUAGUCUCAUCAGGGAUGUCCCCUAGGGUGGUUGAAGGUGGCAAAGACGACUGUCAAGAUAUGUGGCUGGGUGUGUGUGUGUGUGUGUGUGUGUGUGUGUGGUGUGAUGUGAUGGUCCGUGUGCACACAUGCACCACAUGUGUAUUGGGGGCCUGCAUGGAUGGAUGUGCUCAUACACAUAUUAUUUUUCAAAAAAAGAAGUGAAACAGACUGAAGAGGAGUGGAGAGUGGACGAUGCCUGUUUCCCUGAGACUUUUCUAGGCUGAGAGGAAAGCAAGUUUGCAGCUUCUUAGUAAUCCAAACUGCCUAGCACCUGGUCUCCCCAUCAACCCGACUUUGUGCCCUAAACUUCAGUUCUCAUGUUCAGACCUCACCUCUUCUAAAGCACCAUUUACCAUCUGAUCCCUUCUCCCCACACUUAGUCUCUCCAUCCCUACCGCUCAGAAUCAGCUAGGGAUGGGAGUCAGCCACUUCCAGUCCUGCCUUACCCCAGGAAGAGAGACUACCUCCCCAGAGCAGGGACCAGCUGGGCAGAGGAUGGAAAAAAGAAAAAAAUAGAACAAGACACCCUAGCCCCUGCUCCCACUCCCCACCUCCGAAAAUGGUUCCCCCCCAGAACUAAUUUAUUUUUUAUUAAAGAUGAUUAUGACAAA